AUGGGGAAGGUAAACAGAGGUCCGGAGGUCGAGGCUGUUGCCAUCUUGUUCCUGACGUUAACAUGGGUUUUUGUCAGCUUGAGAUGUUAUGUUAGAGCAGUGAUGAUAAAGAAUUUUGGCACGGAUGAUUGGCUUGCUGUUCUUGCGUUGAUCCUCUUCUCCCUUUAUUGUACAUUCGUCCUACUUGGGGUUAAAUACGGAACUGGAAGGCACUUGGCCAAUAUCCCACCCGCAGACGUCCCAACAGCACUCAAAUGGUGGUGGUUGUGUGAACUUACCUACGUAUCGUCAACCGCCGUUGUGAAAGCCAGCAUUUGUAUUUUCCUCAACAGAAUUUGUGUCAGGAGAAGCGAGAAGAUUGUGAUCUGGGCUGUCAUGGUGGCUGUAAUCGUUUUCAGCAUCUUCUAUUUCUUCUUGAUAAUGUUCCAAUGUCAUCCAGUGGUCUACUUCUGGACGCAGUACUUGGGUGAUUCUGGUGGAUGCGUAAGUUCUAGUGUCAUCGCCAACUCGAGCUAUGCUCAUUCUGCUGUUUCUGUUGCAGCUGAUUGGACUUUGGGCAUCCUUCCAAUAUUCCUCGUGUGGAACCUUGUAAUGAGCCCGCGGAUCAAAGUCUCGGUUGCUUUGAUUCUAGCACUUGGAGCUAUUGGCUCCACAGCAACAAUCGUGCGCAUUCCAUACAUCUCACAGCUCACCCAAGACGACUUCCUCUACAGCACAACCGAUCUAUCGAUAUGGAGUACCGUCGAGCCCGGAAUCGGCAUAACAGCCUCUGCAAUGGCAACUCUACGACCUCUUUUUCAAAGCUUCCUUGCACGCUCACGGCUUUUCGGCGGGUCAACGGGCACUCAAGAGGCCAGUGGCAGCCAUGGAUGGCGCAAUUUCAAUGGACCUGCGCGAGCUGGCUAUUUUCGGAGCGGGGGUAAUGCAAGGGUCGGUGAUGCUGCGGAGUUUGGAUUGAGUGAUGUUAGAAACGGGGUGGGCGUUACAACGGUGAUUCAGAGUACGAAUGAUGGGCCUAGUGGGAAGGGGACGAGUAAGAGCAGUGGGACUUCGAGUCGGAAUCGUGGUGUGGACCCUUUGCAGGACGACAGCAGUGAGGAAUUCCUGCCAAUGCAAAACCCGAAGGGAGAAUGGGAAGUGCGGAAGACGACGGAGGUUAUGACUACUCAAGAGCGGGAUAUAAAUGAAUAA